GGCGGGACCAGACGGAGCCUGGAUCGACGCAGAGGAAGAUCCGAGUGUUUGCCGCGGUGCUGCCCCACCCCUGGUCCCCGGGAGCCUGGGGGGGCCCGGCUGUGCUGCUGCGAGGGCCCUAGGAGGGUUGAAAGCUAAGCAUGGGGAAGAGCUGCAAGGUGGUCGUGUGUGGCCAGGCUUCUGUGGGCAAGACUUCAAUCCUGGAGCAGCUUCUGUACGGAAACCAUGUAGUGGGUUCCGAGAUGAUCGAGACGCAGGAGGACAUCUACGUGGGCUCCAUUGAGACUGACCGGGGGGUCCGGGAGCAGGUGCGUUUCUACGACACCCGGGGGCUCCGAGACGGGGCCGAGUUGCCCCGGCACUGCUUCUCCUGCACUGACGGCUAUGUCCUGGUCUACAGCACGGACAGCCGGGAGUCCUUUCAGCGCGUGGAGCUGCUCAAGAAGGAGAUUGACAAAUCCAAGGACAAGAAGGAGGUCACCAUUGUGGUCCUUGGCAACAAGUGUGACCUGCAGGAGCAGCGGCGUGUAGACCCGGACGUGGCUCAGCACUGGGCCAAGUCGGAGAAGGUGAAGCUGUGGGAGGUGUCAGUGGCUGACCGCCGUUCACUGCUGGAGCCCUUCGUCUACCUGGCCAGCAAGAUGACCCAGCCCCAGAGCAAGUCUGCCUUCCCUCUAAGCCGCAAGAACAAGGGCAGCGGCUCCUUGGAUGGCUGAUGUGGUGCCUUCCCAGCCCUGGAAGUUGGGUUGGGGGAAAAGGGGGGUUUAGGUGAGCUUUGCUUCCCAGUCAAGGUGGGGAGCUCACCACUAGGCCGGGCAGCUGGGCUGUCUGAGGCUCAGGUCGCUUUUGCUCCCUCCCAGCUCUGGGAAUUGCUGACAGUCUAGGUUAGCACCGCCAACCCUCCCAGCCCCCAUCACAUCUGCCCUGCGGUGACUGGGAUAGUUGUGGGUCACUGUCCCUUUUACCUGCCAGGGGAGGAAGCAGAGCUCUAUGCAGAGGUGCCGCAUCUGGGGUCUGCUUCCUAUCACAGGGACCUCCCACUUCCUGGUUUCCUGCCAGUGUCUAUUCUCUCUCUCUUACAUGUACACACCCCCUGUUCAGGAAGCCUCUACAUACACACACCCAUGCCCACCCACCCACCCACCCACCCACACACACACACACACACACUUAUGGCACCAGCCUGGACACGUAUCUGUGUAGAUGUGCAUGUUUGUGUUCUGGUGUUUGGGUCACACACACACACACACUUAUGGCACCAGCCUGGACUCUAGAGUAAGGGCGUCCACAUAUCUGUCUGUAGAUGUGCACGUGUGUGUGCUGGUGUUUGGGACACACACACACACACACACGCCUAUGGCACCAGCCUGGACUCUAGAGUAAGGCGUCCCCGUAUCUGUGUGUAGGUGUGCACGUGUGCAUGCUGGUGUUUGGGACACACACACACACACACACACAUCGUCUCUCUCUCAUGGCACCAGCCUGGACUCUAGAGAAAGGGUGUCCAGGCAUCUGUGUGGAUGUGCAUGUGUGUGCCUGCUGGUGUUCCGGGCACCUCCUCAUCCAACAGCCCAACCUCUCUCCUGUCCUCCCCUUGGCUAGAAGAAGCUAGCCUCCUGGGAGUGUCCUUUUCUGUUGUAACUCUUCCCGCAGCUUCCUCUUCCUGCUCAGGGAGCAUGUCACUGGGUGAGGUGGAAUGAGACACAGCUGGGCUGGGAGUCAGUAGCUGGCUUUGUGGGCCUGCAAGGCCCUUCCCCUCUCGGGGCUCCGCUUUUCUCAUCUGUAAGAUGAUCUCGAUUCUGUGCUCUCUAGCCCUGUGGUUGGAUACUGCCCGCAGCUGCGACUGUCCCCUCAGCUUCUCCCUUUUCAAGGUGCUAUGCCUACAGCCCUGCAGGCUGGGACACUGCUCCCCCCGACCACCAGGGGGCAGGAGCGCACUACUCGCUCUAGUCGCCAGAGCGGCUGCCCAGUGCCCAAUCAGCAGACCUCCCGGGCCUGGGGACCGGUCUUUCCCGUUCCUGUGGUGGUUUUCAGCUGAUGGCUGGACUCCUAUUUAUCAAUUUCCUGUGUUUAUAUGCCUGCUGCCCCAGUGGAGGCUGGGCAAGGUGCUCCUCUAGCGCUCCCUUCUUACCUCAGAUGCCUGAGCAGAACAAGGCCAAGCAGGAGCAGCUUCCCAGGAGCUGCCAGGCCUGUCGGGGGCUCAGAAAGGCGGUCACACUUCCAGCACGCUGUUCAGGUGAGCUUGUAACCUGCAACCUCCCGUGCUCACCUUCUGAUGCACAUACCUAGCACAGGUGAAACACUACAGCCAGAUGACCUCCAAUACACGCCCCUUCUCCCCAGGACGGGAGGGGCGAGCAGGGGCAGGCGGCCCAGCUGGGCGAGUCCAGUUUUAGGGCAUAUACAGGCUUGAGCUUAAAUUCAUUUAUUGAUGUGUUGGACACAAUAAAACCACAACUGUUAUCAAAAAGUU